GGCUCUCACGUUGUUUAUCAUCCGCCACAGAAGCGGAAGCAAAGCAACGUACACAACGCUGUUGAUCACACGUGGGUCCGUGAGUUUGUAAUGUGGAGUAUUUAAUUAAUUCAUUAAACAAACAUGUCACGGAGGCAGAGAGCCAUGCCGGAGGAGAAGCCCGCUCCUGAAGCGCCACACGCGGAGGAGGAGGAGGAGGAGGAGGAGGUCCAGGAGCCGCCGCCGGAGACCAGACGGACCCGCAGCGGCCGCAAAGUGCGCACUCCUGCCGCACUGCUCGACUCGGAAGCCCCGGUGAGGACUCCCACCCGGAGAACACGGAGGUCUGUCCUCCAGGAGAAAAACACGGAGGUGGCAGAGCGAGUACCGGAGAGUGUACCCGAGGAGAAGCUCGGCAUGUCGGCUGAACCGGAGCCGGCUGCGGAGGCGGACAGUCAUCCGUCCGAGCCAGCAGCAGCAGAAACGGGACCCACCAGCACCGACACCAGCACCGACACCAUCCCGAAGAAGAAGCCUCGUCUGGGGGCGAGUGAACCGCAGAAGCCGGUCAUCCCGCUGGGAAAACCCAAAUCUGGGAGAGUGUGGAAGAACCGCAACAAGCAGAGGUUCUCCGCAGUGGUCAGAGAUAAAUCUUUGUGUUCAUCGUGGGAAAAGAAGAUGGCUGCGAAGCGGGACAAGGAUCUGGUGAAACAGUACUCUUCACAGCUUAAAGAGGAGAAAGCCAAACAGAAAGAGGAAAAGAGGAAAAGGCGAGAAGAAAACCUGAAACGUCGCGCAGAGAACGAACGCAAGUCGGAGAUCGUGCAAGUGAUCAAGAAUACGACAAAGAUCAAGAGGAUGAAGAAGAAACAACUGAGGAAAAUCGAGAAGCGAGACACUCUGGCUCUGCUGCAGAAGUCGCAGAAGUCACCGAAGCAGAAUGUAAAAGCUAAAGCUCAAAAAAGUAACAAGGUCGACCAGGAUUUAACCUAAAGACUGUGAGAUAAUAAAAAUCCAUCUAUUCAGCUCUUUGCCUACAUUUCUUAUUUCAGUGGGAGGAUUUAUUUACACACAGACACAACAAAGUUUUUUAAAAUAAAGAAAUAUGAAGCAAAAAA